AUGAGGUCGCUCCGCUUCAUUGCUGCGGGAACCCUGGUGUCCCACCCACAGCUGGCCCUGCAGAGCCUGGAUAGUGUGGCCCACAACCUCUACCCACUCCUGUUCAAAGCCAGCUACCUGCUGGAGCAGGCAGAGGUGAUCCGUGCUGUGCUAGGGUGCUGGCCCCUGGUGGAGUUCCGGCUGGGUACGCUGUUGGGGCCUAACACUGACCACCCCGAGGACCUGCGUGACCGGGCCUGCAGGGCCUGCCUGGAGGCCUGCCUUCAAGGCCUUGCGGAUCAUGUGCUGCAAGGAAGGAGACAUCAGCUGGUGGUGGCUGACUUCACAGGCAUCCGUGAUGUGCAGGUGCAGCAGUGCCCCUGUGGGAGGGCACUUGGCAAGUGGGGCCGCACCCAGCUGCUGGCCAAGGCCUGUUGUGCCCUACAGGCAGAGCACCUUGUGGCUGGGCGUCCUGUUGAGGUCUUUGCUGACCUCUUCAUCACGGAGGGCAACUUUGAAUUGGUGGUACAGGCCCUGAGGCCAGCAGGUCAGGCCCCUCUGCGGAUACACUGCCCCUCGCUCCGUGUGGACAGCCUGAGUCCCAGCCAACUCCUGUGGGUGGUGCGCCUGGUUGGGCCCAGCACACUGCACAAGCUCGCUGUGGUGCACAAUGUGCGUCUGCAUGCUGGCCACGUGUGGGAGCUGCUGCAGCUGGGCUUGCCCCAGCUAGUCUCGCUCACCUUGCCCACCAAGGCCUUCGACAUGGCUCCUGCCUAUGCCUCCACUCCUGAUGGUGAGGAUGCCCUCCUCGCCUCUAUUGCCAGGGAGCUCAGCCAGAUGAGCCGGCUCAAUGAGCUGGGCAUGGCCUUCUCCAGGCUGACUGGGAAAGUCCACAAGCUGCUCAGCCCCCUGAGGACCCCACUUCGAGCGCUGGAUCUGGCCAACUGUGCCCUGAACCAUGCAGACAUGGCCUUCUUGGCAGACUGUAUCCAUGCCACUCACCUGGAGGUGCUGGACCUUAGUGGACACAACCUGGCCAACCUGUACCCCGCCACUUUCUUCAGACUACUCAGCCAGGCUGCCCAUACGCUGAGGGUCUUGACCCUGGAGGAGUGUGGGUUCACAGACAGCCACGCCAGCAUGCUGGUCCUGGGCCUUAGCCCCUGCCACCAGCUCCAGGAGCUCAAGUUCCUUGGGAACCCGCUGUCAGCUCAGGCCCUCAGGCGCCUCUUCACUGCUCUCUGUGAGCUCCCCAAGCUGCAGUAUGUUGAGUUCCCAGUGCCCAAGGACUGUUACCCUGAGGGGGCUCCCUAUCCCCAGGAUGAGCUGGCCAUGUCCAAGUUCGACCAGCAGAAAUAUGAUGCAAUUGCCCAGGAGCUGCGUGCUGUGCUGCUACAGGCAGACCGGGAGGAUAUCCAGGUCUCCACACCUCUCUUUGGAAGUUUUGACCCAGACAUUCAAGAAACAAGCAAUGAACUGAGUGUAUUAUUGCUCCAAGCUUUCAAAGCUGCUCUAGAACACUUUUCCAGAGCUCUCACACAAGUGGAGUAG